AGAGAGAGAGAACAGCACUCAGCCUGCUGCUUUUGUUUUACUCCAUUAAGCAGCUCCUUUGGCUGCUGGCGGACAGAAAGAGGCAGAAAACGCGUCCGCAGCGCGGUCAGCCUCUGCCACACCCGUGAUGAGCCCAGGCUGCGCUCGAUGGCGCGGGGAGAGAGGAUGUGUGAAGCGCCGCUGCCCGAACACAGCUGCUCGGAUGCGCUCGGCUUGUUUUUGUCUCAAGGUGGAGCUUACCUUCGUGCUAUGCUGCUGAGCGCUGACCUCACACGGACCCUAGGACCGAGCUCGGCUGUCCGCGAAGGAAGCAGAAGGGCCACCAGCAUGCUGCCCGGCUAAUUUGACGCUUGCGUUCAAUGCGAACGACGCCAGGAGAAGAGGGGACGUGGCCGCUGCAGCACGAUGGCUGAGAAUGAGACUAAUCUAAAGACAGCCAGAUUAUGGAGGGACGCUGCUUUGCGCUCCAGAAAGCUGAGGAGCAGUUUGCGCCAUCUGACCCUCAGCACGAAAAACAGCCAGACCAUUACUCUGCCCGAAGACAUCAAGGAGAUCGAAGUGCUCAAUCUGGGUAAUAACUCUCUCCAAGAGCUUCCAGAAGGACUGGGUUCUACCCUCACCAGGCUUCGCAUCCUGAUACUGCGCAGGAAUAAGUUUGCAGCUGUGCCUUCUGCAGUGUUCCAGCUCAGUCAGCUGGUCGAGCUGGACAUCAGUCACAACUGCCUGGGCCACUUCUCUGAGGACAUUGAUCUUCUGAAGGGGCUUAAAAAGCUCUGCAUCAGCCACAACAAGAUCCAGUACCUUCCCUCUCAGAUUGGGACCCUGCAGUGCUUGGAGGAGCUGGACAUCAGCUUCAACGAGCUCCAUGAUUUCCCCAGGUCCUUCGCACAGCUCAGGAGGCUCCGGACGCUUGAUGUGGAUCACAACAAGCUGCAGCGUUUCCCACCGGAGAUCCUUGCUCUCAGUGACUUGGAGGAGCUGGACUGUUCCGGUAAUAAACUAGAGGGCCUCCCAGGUAAUAUUAUGAUGCUCCAGUCCAUCAAAAUAUUGUGGCUGAGCAGUACACACAUCUCUUCGUUACCUGAGACCUUCUGUGAUCUGCAGAACUUGGAGAGCUUGAUGCUCGAUAACAAUCUCCUCACAGCCCUACCACAGUCCUUUGGGAAAAUGCAAAAGCUGAAAAUGCUUAAUCUCUCGUCCAACUCCUUUGAAGAGUUUCCUCAGGUUAUCCUCAAGAUCACUAGUCUGGAGGAGUUGUAUUUGAGUAGAAACAGGCUGUCUUUUCUUCCAGAGGAAGUGGGCCAGCUGUCUAACCUUGCCAAUCUGUGGCUGGACAAUAAUAGAAUAACAUUUCUGCCAGACUCUAUCGUGGAGCUGGAGAAACUGGAGGAGCUGGUUUUACAGGGUAACCAAAUUGCCAUACUCCCAGACAAUUUUGGAAAACUUGCCAAAGUCAACAUUUGGAAAGUUAAGGACAAUCCUCUUAUACAGCCUCCAUAUGAGGUGUGCAUGAAGGGGAUCCCUUAUAUAGCUGCCUAUCAGAAGGAGCUUGCACACUCCCAGCCUGCUGUGAAACCAAGACUAAAGCUUGUUUUGAUGGGGCAGAGAAACGCAGGGAAAACUAGGCUCAGGCAAUGCAUUGUAAGCAAACCGCUGGAUGCUAAGACGAUACCUGGAGGUAGGGGGAUAGAUGUGACUAACUGGGUAGCAGAUGCUAACCGCAGUCUUACAUUCAUAGUAUACGAUUUAUCAGGGAAGCAAAACUAUGAUCUCAUCAAACCAUUUUUCCUCUCACCUGGAGCUCUGUACAUCUUGGUGGUGAAUUUAAAGUCAUACACCUGUAAGACCUUCUACUCCAGUGUAGGGUAUUUCCUCCACCUGCUCAGUGCAAAGGUGCCCCAUGCAGUGGUGUGCAUUGUGGGCACCCACACUGAUCUCUGUGAAGAUAGCGAGCUGGAGGAGAAGUGCUUGGACAUCCACAGGCAAAUCUCCCUGCAGGAGAAGAGAGACAUCGACUGCCUGCAGAUGCUUGCUAUGCAGGUGGACCAGGCCCUGGUGCAGGGCUAUGAUGUUAGAGCAUCUAGCCCUCAUGUACUCUUUUAUGGAGUCUCAGAUAAGAACCUGAGACGUAAAAAAUCCCAGCUGCAGUACAUGCUUAACAAUCGGCUACAGAUUUUGUCUCCGGUAUUUUGCGUCAGCUGCAUGGAGGCGCAGAAGAAUAUUCAGCGCUUGAAGGAAAAGCUCAUGUCGGUUGCUGAUCAUCGUGACAUCUUUCCUAACCUUCACCGGGUGCUGCCAAAGUCGUGGCAGAUGCUGGAGGAGCUCCACUUCAAGCCGAAGGACCUGUGGCUUUCAUGGUGGGACUCAGCCCGUCUGGGCCUUCAAGCAGGACUGACGGAGGACCGGCUGCAAAGCGCUCUCUCGUACCUACACGAGAGCGGCAAACUGCUGUACUUUGAAGACAGCAUCACUCUGAAAGAAUAUGUCUUCCAUAAUCUGCCACGGUUCAUCGCCAUCUUGAAUGUUUUCUUUCAGAAGGACCUUGCUGCGAUGCUGGAAAAGCUACAUUCUGAAGGGGAGGGUGGUGAUAACGCCACUGCCUCCCAAAUGCAGCAACAUGUGGAAGGCUUUCUGCUGCACGGCCUCCUGCCAUCCAACGUCAUCCGCCUGCUCCUCAAACCUCUCGUGCAGACGCAACAGGACCUGCACCUGAUCAUGGAGCUGCUGGAAAAGAUGGGGGUUUGCUACUGCGUCAACAAACCCCGCAGCAAACCGCUAAAUGGAGCCACUGUCUUGUACAAGUUCCCCAGCCUAGUCAGCAACGAGGAGGCCCAUACUGAGCCCUGGAUGAACGGUGGCUCGUUGAUCCCUGGUCAGUUCUUCUCUGUUGAACAGCUACAGAUUGAGUACAGCUUUCCUUUUCUCAUCCCCCCUGGACUCUUCUCACGCUACAGCGUGCAAAUCAACAACCAUGUGGUGCAGCGCUCUGAUGGAAGGCAUUGCAUCUUUGCCUACCGAGGUAAAGUGCCUGUGAUGGUGAGUUACCGUCCCUCUCGAAACAGACUGCAGCCAGAGACGCUUGCCAUUUCUAGCCAUGCGUCUUUGCCAAAUAUCUGGACAGCUUGGCAGGCCAUUACCCCUCUGGUGGAGGAGCUGAAUGUUCUUCUGCAGGAAUGGCCUGGUCUGCAUUAUUCUGUUCAUGUCCUGUGUUCCAAGUGCCUGAAGAGAGGGUCACCCAACCCACAUUCCUUCCCAGGUGAGUUGCUUAGCCAGCCUCGGCCUGAGGGACUAACAGAGAUUGUAUGCCCAAAGAAUGGCUCCGAGCGAGUGAACGUGGCGCUGGUCUACCCUCCGACUCCUACGCUGGUCAGCCCCAGUCAUAAAUAACUUCCCCUCCCCAGCACAUUCAAAAGACUGAAAAUGCCCCCACACCCUGCUGCACCUCUGAUUCUCCUCUAUAACAAACACACAAACGCCACACACAGAGCCAUGUCAGCGUGUGUGUGUGUGUGUUCCGCUUCUACUUCCUCAUGUAUCCUCUGAGUAUGACAGCUGGACAGGACAUGUGUUCAGCUGGCCAUGUGGGCACAUGAAUGAGGGAAGAAUCAAAAACCCCAGACACUUGUUAAUCAGCUCUGACUGCCAGCCUCCAAUAAACUAACAGUAUUACGGACUGGAACUGAAAUCUUGCACCUACAGACAUCUUUCCCUGAGAAGCUUGUUUACCGGGACUUCACCACAGUACCACUGGCCCACCUUAGAGUUUCACCACUUUAGUCAGAGCAUGGAUUAUCGGUGGAUCAGCCGCAUUUGUUUUGAUGUAAUGGCACUUUCUGGACUGUGAAAAGAAAAGGAUAAAGCUUACAGUGUUGUGAGGAAAGCCACUUUGUUGCAGGGGCUUCAUAUGAUGUGCAGUUUCUAGAAACAUGCUUAUAAAAAACAGUUGUUCUUUUAGGGUUCUGUAUGAUCGAGUUCCACCAACUCUUCCAUCAAAACAAUACACACAUGUUGGUUCCUCAUGUCAUUAACUGUACCUGAUUAUUGAUGUGAAAAAUACCCAUUGACUGCUUAACUGGUGAGGCUGCAUGAUGCGGACAAAAUGACAAAUAUUGCAUAGUUAAAGAAUGGCCUGCGUUAUUUUGACCAAAAUGAUUUCUGUUGGUUAGCUCAUUUGUUAGCGUCCUAAUAGCUGGUGAACAGGACUAAUUAAAGGGGAAGUUUAGCAAUUUUUCAAAAAAUCUUAUAAUAAAUAAUAAUAAAAAAUUGGUUAAGAUCUAAACAAAGACCUUCAGAGCAGUUAGAUUUGAAAUGUUCCAGUCUAGAGAAACUAACCAAGUCAAAAUUAUUCACAGUGGUGGUGACAGGAACCAGACAUCUGAAGCAUUUUAGUGCUUCUUAAAGGCGCAUCACAGAAAGCUGUUACAUGAAAUGCUCAUGAAUACACUGCCUGACGCCUGUGACAGUGUUUUACAGUACACACUUAGAAAUAAUGUUUUUCCAAAAGUGAACCCUCGGUUCUAUAUAGAAUCGUGAACACUCAAAGAACCCAUUGCAUGAUUAAAGGGUCAUGAAAGGGUUCAUCAGACUGAUGGAGAAUGUGUUGAAUAUGGUUCUAUAUAGAACCUUUUUGAAAAUGGUUCUAUAUAGCACCAAAAGGUGCUUCUAUUAUUACAAGCUUGACAUCGUAACAUAUUGGUGCAAUAUUAAACCCUUUUCAAAAAGAAAGAACCUCUUAAUCAUUCAGAGGGGUCUUUGAGUGUUCAUGGUUCUAUAUAGAACCAUUUUCUUUACUAAAGGACCCUUGAGGACCUGUGUGUAGUUUUGAGACAUGCCUAAAACAUUUUUCUUAGAACCCCAUUAAUGGCAGAGAAGAACAUGCAAGGUGUUGUACAGCAAAAGUAGCCCCCAAAGAAAAUGUGCCACUAUAUUACCAUCAUCAAUAUUAGGGACACUUGUAGGUCAUUUUGGACAGCGAAAUAAAUGGCUGCAUUUGACAUGUAAACAUCACAACCCUUGGCUCCUAUCACCACCAUUGUAAAGAAAUCUGAAGUUUCUCCACAAUACAUUUUACAUUAAAUCCCUCUGAGUGACUUUGUUUACACCUCAAUGACUGAAUUAUGCACAAUUGUAUAAAUUAUUAGUUCCCCUUAAUACUGUAAGUAAGUAAUUGAUGCCCAAAUGGAUUCAGUUUCAGUCAUGUUCAAAACUCAUUGCUGUAGAGGUUUUAUUUUUAAUGGUCCUGCACAGUUGGUCCUCUAGAUCCCUAACAUAUGAGUAUUUUAGAACUUUUAAGAAGUACUUAAGAACUUUUUAGUUUUCUUUUAGAUUUAACCCCAGCUAAAGGAUCAAUUUUCAGAUUAGUGCCUAAAGGCUUUGCAUCUAGAACCUGUUAAUUAAAAAGAGGCAACAUAUUUCCUGCCCAAUCAGCUUUGUAGUGCUUUUCUGUUCUAAAAGCACAGGGUGUACCUUUUAGUGAGUCUGCGCUCCUCAGUAAGCAUUAGACAACAACCAGGAACAUUGAGAGGAAAAUUGGAGCCGGUUUAACAGGCUCAAAUUAGUCUUAUAACGUCUCCUCAACCUGUUUGUAGAAUCCUUGUUACAAGUACAUCGAUGAAAUGUUCUCAUGAAACCAGGCAGAAAGUGAGCACCAAAAUGACUGUGCAGGGCGUUUAAACAUCUUUUAGUGAAAAUGUAUUUAAGCAUCUGUUCCAACAUGGAGAGAAUACAGAUACUGUAUAAUUGAACAUGUACAUCAAGCUACGAAUGUAAUAUUACAUGGUUGUUAAAUGAGCAAGGUGUCUGCAUCCCACCCUAGGCUAUUGGGAAAACUGUACUAUAUGAAUCUAAAGAAGCCAAGGAUUUUGGUCUGUAGCUGGAAGGAGAAGCAUAUCUGAACCGUUCAUGGGAUUAUACGUCUGUAAUUCAGCACCACUUGCUGUCUUAAAAGACUGUCCAAAAUAUGUUGUAUAUAUUGUAAUAGAAUAAGUAAAUCAGCAAAUUGUAAAUUUGCCAGGCCGGAGAAGUGAAGCUGUUUAUGAGGGUUAAGCAAAAAUGACGUGUAUCAUUUCCUUGUUCCUCCUGGGAAGGACAAGUACUGUAUAUGUAUAUUGUUUAUGAAAACAGUUGAUACAUUUUUGUACAUAAUAUUUUUAUUUUUGUAAGUUGAUACGUUGUCACCAAACUCCUUUCGCAUUAUUUACUGCACAUUGUGCAUGGCUACUGUGCUCAAUGUUACUACAGAACGUGCGUUCUAAUUUAUGAACAAGUUAAUCAGUCUCAUUAUCUGACCGUGAAAAGCACCAAAUACAAAUGUUGGUUUCCAAA